AUGACGGUCCCAAGAUAAAGUACUGAGAACUCAGGAUUAGCAAACCGCUAGCCUAAGGCGGAUUUUCCGCCCGAGUACUUUUGAAAUUUUAUAAAAAGUCAAAAUACAGCGCACGUGUCCUUUCGCUGUUGCAAUUUUUACAAAUAUUCGAUGAAAAAUUAACCGAAAUACAAGACUACGAGAAAUGUUUGUGUUUUGUCAACGUUUACGGGACACUGUAGUUGCUGGUUGUAACUGAUUUGGCAGAUAUCGUUGGGUUUUUCGCCUUGUGGCCCUUGGUCCCUUGUCAAAUGUUGAUGUAUUUCAGCAAUCAGCACUGGAUCGUUUGAAAUAGGUAGGUGUUUCCGUUUAUAUUCCAUAUUUUUAAUGUUUUACUAUAAAGUAUCGCUUUCUAAAUAUUCAAUUCACUGUCAAACUGAACAAGGAGGGUGGGAAAGGGUAUUUUCGUGCGCGGUGAAUGGUCAAUAUUUGUUCGCGUGAAAUGCUUGAUUUUAGUGUCGUGAAAUGUGAUUUGUUCUACAGACGUGAGGCGUGAUUAUUGAUAAAAAUGCUCCAUGAAAUGAGAAUUAAGGAUGUCAGUUUCGUGAACUGUGCUUUGUUUAUUUCGACCUAUUUUAUAAUAUUUAUAAUAAACAUGAUACGCGAUAAUCAAAUUUAUAUGAUCUCACCCGAUUGCACACGAGUAAAAACUUCGGGAGACCUUUCGCCGAGGACGCGUUCCUGACGCUGAGGACAAGGUUCCUGACGCUGAGAACAAGGUUUCUGACGCUGAAGACAAGGUUCCUGACGCUGAGGACAAGGUUCCUGACGCUGAGGACAAGGUUCCUGACGCUGAGGACAAGGUUCCUAACGCUGAGGACAAGGUUCCAGACGCUGAGGAGAAGGUUCCUAACGCUGAGGACAAGGUUCCUGACGCUAAGGCCCAGGUUCCUAACGCUGAGGACAAGGCAACCUCGUACCCAGGCUCUUACCUUCGCACGCCCCAAGCUGCGGAAAGACCCUGGUGCCGGCUGGUCACGUGGCUCCCAGAUUUUGGGUGCUAAAAUAAAUUGCUAUUCAGGGAGGGGUGGUAGAAAUGAUUUGUACGUAUUGAAAUUGUUUCUGAAUUUGUAAAAUAGUAAAAUUCUAACUGUACGAGACAAUAAUAAAAGAUUUUUUCUUGACGAAAUGUUAAAACAACAGAUUAAUCAUGUGUUGCAGCCGAAAGAGUAUCAUAUUACUCUCAAGGAUUACAAAUAUCUCAUAUUUCACUGUCACUAUAUCGGCUUAGCAAAAGCACGCCAAAGAAAUUUAACAAAAAGAUCUCCUGGAUCAACUGAAAAUAGUUAUCGUUGUCGAUUAUAUAAUGGUGUACAAGAUCAGAUACAUUGUAAGAAUCUCUUCAACAAAACAAAUUAAAGAAUUUUGAAUAACACGGAGUUGAUUCAUGGCGAGAGACUGCCGCAUGUUGAUGAUUUUCCUUAUUUGAUCUGCCGAUCGAGUGCCGUCCUUGUGAACGACGUUCAAGAAUGUAAUUUCCGAAACACAGAAAUCAUUAGUAAAAGAUUCACGAUCCAAGCGAUGCCCUGAAGUUUUUCUAUCCGUUGCCAGAUGUUCGGCAAAUGUUGCUGCAGUUGAAAGUCGAAGGCGCAGUUUGGCUUUUACACUGACUUUGUCAAUGUGUCCUCCUCGAGUGAUGAAAUUAGAUCUGCUACACCUUUACCCAUGUCAACAGAAGUAAGUCAAUUGUUUAUGAAUAUCAUCUACCAAUAUACUUUACCGCAAUUAAUAAUAUAGUCAUCCGUAUACGUAUGUUAGUAAUCCCCAUUUAAACCCAAAAUGUACAAUCCAAUUGUGAUUUCUCCAUGGAAUAUUUUUUGCGAAUAUUUAUAGAAUGGCAGACGCCCGAAGGCCACUUGAUUUCAGUCGAGAUAUUUGAUCUUGUAUCAGUGAAUUCAAGGGAGACACAACUAUAACAAUACACGAACCGUCCUGAGUAGAUAUCUCAAAUGAUUUCCAUGGAGAAAGAAAAUGGACUUGUUUAUUAAAUACGAUCCCUUGCAAACAUCAACAAUGGGUCAGAUGAAAAUCAGAGACUUUCCAUAGAAAGCGUUGGCAGGAUACAAAUUAUAAAUAACAUCUUUUGUCGAAUAAAUAAUAUAUGUUUAAGUACAUUUAAGAGUUUGUUAAGGCCCGUUUAUACGGGCAAAUUGAAUGUCAAAGAUAUUUUGCUCGUGUAGAUGAUAAAUUUGUGACAAAUUUAUUGUGACAAAUGCAUUUAAUUUGAACAAAAGCUAGCAUGCUAGCUUUUGAUCAAAUGCAUUUGAUCAAAUAAAAUUUGUCAAAAUAAAAUUUGCUCGUGUGCUUUACGACAGUAUUAUUUGAAAGCCCUGCACAGUUGUUUUGAUGCAGGACCCAAGAGCACGGAGAUCUGUAUGUUUAAAUUGCAACUCUUGUCGAAGUUUGAACACAAUGUUAUCAAUCGUGUAAUUUAACCUGGCGAAAUUGAAUAAAUAAAUACUUUCCAAACAAAGAACUUGCUUAGUUGGUUCGGCUUCAGUACAGUAUGUUGUUAUGAAAUGCGCUAUUUAGAACAACGAAUUCCAAACAAGCAAGAAAUGCAAUGAAACUCGAGCAUCUCCGUUCGAGUCUCCGUUGAAAUUAUCAACUUUGCUUCUAUGGCCUGGCAGCAUGUGAAUGACAAAAAGAACACAAACGCGCGCAUAAUUGUCAAUUUGACAAGAAGUAUUCCUCGAAGUAUUCAAUACAAAUUAUACAAUGACAAAUUGCGAUAUAAAGUGCUCUCAAAUUACACUUUUUGCAAUUCAAACCAAUACGUCCGCUCCUUGCCAACGAAUUUUACUAUUGCAAAGUGGAAGCAUUGUAAUUUAGAUUUGUCCAUCCCUCCCUUGGUAAUUGAAUAUCCUGGGAGCCACGUGACCAGCCGGCACCAGGGUCUUUCCGCAGCUUGGGGCGUGCGAAGGUAAGAGCCUGGGUACGAGGUUGAGGACAAGGUUCCUGACGCUGAGGACAACGUUCUAGACGCUGAGGACAAGGUUCCAGACGCUGGGGACAAGGUUCCUACGGCUGAGGACAAGGUUCCUGACGCUGAGGACAAUGUUCCUGACGCUGAAGACAAGGUUCCUAACGCUGAGGACAAGGAUCCUGACGCUGAGAACAAGGUUCCUAACGCUGAAGACAAGGUUCCUGACGCUGAGGACAAGGUUCCUCACGCUGAAGACAAGGUUGCUGACGCUGAGGACACGGUCGCUCACGCUGAGCACGAGUUCCACACGCUGAGGACAAGGUUCCUGACGCUGAGGACAAGGUUCCUGACGCUUAGGACAAGGUUCCUGACGCUGAGGACAAGGUUCCGAACGCUGAGGACAAGAUUCCUAACGCUGAGGGGAAGGUUCCUGACGCCGAGGACAAGGUUCCUGACGCUGAUGACAAUGUUCCUGACGCUGAGGACAAGGUUCCUGACGCUGAGGACAAGGUUCCUGACGCUGAGGACAAGGUUCGUAACGCUGAGCCCAAGGUUCCUGACGCUGAGGACAAGGUUCCUGACGCUGAAGACAAGGUUCCUGACGCUGAGGACAAGGUUCCUGGCGCUGAGGACAAGGUUCCUGACGGUGAGGACAAGGUUCCCAAGUUGAGGUCAAGAUUUCUGACGCUGAGGACAAGGUUCCUGACGCUGAGGACAAGGUUCCUGACGCUGAGGACAAGGUUCGUAACGCUGAGCCCAAGGUUCCUGACGCUGAGGACAAGGUUCCUGACGCUGAGGACAAGGUUCCUAACGCUGAGGACAAGAUUCCUAACGCUGAGGACACGGUUCCUCACGCUGAGGACGAGCUUCCUGACGCUGAGGACAAGGUUCCUGACCCUGAGAACAAGGUUUCUGACGCUUAGGACAAGGUUCCUAACGCUGAGGACAAGGUUCCUAACGCUGAGGGCAACGUUCCUGACGCUGAGGACAAGGUUCCUGACGCUGACGACAAUGUUCCUGACCCUGAGAACAAGGUUUCUGACGCUUAGGACAAGGUUCCUAACGCUGAGGACAAGGUUCCUAACGCUGAGGGCAACGUUCCUGACGCUGAGGACAAGGUUCCUAACGCUGACAGCAACGUUCCUGACGUUGAGGACAAGGUUCCUGACGCUGACGACAAUGUUCCUGACGCUGACGACAAGGUUCCUGACGCUGAGGACAAGGUUCCUGACGCUGAGGACAAGGUUCCGAACGGUGAGGACAAGGUUCCUGACGCUGAGGACAAGGUUCCUGACGCUGAGGAGAAGGUUCCCAACGCUGAAGACAAGGUUCCUGAUGCUGAGGAAAAGGUUCCUGACGCUGAGGACAAGGUUCCUCACGCUGAAGACAAGGUUCCUGACGCUGAGGACAAGGUUCCUGACGCUGAGGACAAGGUUUCUGACGCUGAGGACAAGGUUCCGGACGUUGAGGACAAGGUUCCUAACACUGAGGACAAGGUUCCUCACGCUGAAGACAAGGUUCCUGACGCUGAGGACAAGGUUCCUGACGCUGACGACAAGGUUUCUGACGCUGAGGACAAGGUUCCUGACGCUGAGGACAAGGUUUCUGACGCUGAGGACAAGGUUCCGGACGUUGAGGAGAAGGUUCCUCACACUGAGGAUAAGGUUCCUCACGCUGAAGACAAGGUUCCUGACGCUGAGGACAAGGUUCCUGACGCUGGGGGACACGGUUCCUGACGCUGAGGACAAGGUUCCUAACGCUGAGGUGAAGGUUCCUCACGCUGAGGACAAGGUUCCUCAAGCUGAAGACAAGGUUCCUCACGCUGAAGACAAGGUCCCUGACGCUGAGGACAAGGUUCCUGAUGCUGAGGCAAGGUUCCUGACGCUGAGGACAAGGUUCCCAACGCUAGGACAAGACUUCUGUCGCUGAGGACAAGGUUCUUGACGCUGAGGACAAGGUUCCCAACGCUGAGGACAAGGUUCCUGACGCUGAGGACAAGGUUCCUAAGGGCUGAAGACAAGGUUCCUGACGCUGACAACAAGGUUCCUGACGCUGAGGACAAAGUUCCUGACGCUGUGGACAAGGUUCCUAAGGCUGGGACACGGUUCCAGACGCUGAGAACAAGGCUCCUAACGCUGAGGACAAGGUUCCUGACGCUGAGGACAAGGUUCCGGACACUGAGGACAAGGUUCCUGACGCUGAGGGAAGGUUCCUGACGCUGAGGACAAGGUUCCCAACGCUGAGGACAAGGUUCCUCAAGCUGAAGACAAGGUUCCUCACACUGAAGACAAGGUCCCUGACGCUGAGGACAAGGUUCCUGACGCUGAGGACAAGGACGCUGAGGACAAUGAGGACAAGGUUCCGGACACUGAGGACAACAAUGUUCCUGACGCUGAAGACAAGGUUCCUAACGCUGAGGACAAGGAUCCUGACGCUGAGGACAAGGUUCCUGACGCUGAGGACAAGGUUCCUAACGUUGAGGACAAGGUUCCUAACACUGAGGACAAGGUUCCUGACGCUGAGGACAAGGUUCCUCACGCUGAAGACAAGGUUGCUGACGCUGAGUGAGCACGAGUUCCUCACGCUGAGGACAAGGUUCCUGACGCUGAGGACAAGGUUCCUGGCGCUGAGGACAAGGUUCCUGACGGUGAGGACAAGGUUCCCAAGUUGAGGACAAGAUUUCUGACGCUGAGGACAAGGUUCCUGACGCUGAGGACAAGGUUCCUGACGCUGAGGACAAGGUUCGUAACGCUGAGGCAAAUGUUCCUGACGCUGACGACAAGGUUGCUGACGCUGAGGACAAGGUUCCUGACGCUGAGGACAAGGUUCCGGACGGUGAGGACAAGGUUCCUGACGCUGAGGACAAGGUUCCUGACGCUGAGGAGAAGUUUCCGGACGUUGAGGAAAAGGUUCCUCACGCUGAGGACAAGGUUCGUGACGCUGAGGACAAGGUUCCUGACGCUGAGGACAAG